UUCUUCUGAUUUUCAACUAUGGUGGUUCUGAAGGCUGCUUCUCCUCCUGUUCCUUCUGUCAACAAAAUUAAUAACGGCUUCCCUUGUUCCAAUGGCACCAUCAAGCCUCUUAUCACCCCAUCUCCGAGUUCCUUCAUCAAUCUUGAUCAAGGUGAUCCAGAGGUGUUCAGAUCAUACUGGAGGAAGAAGAGUGAAGAGUGUACGGUGGUGAUAAACGGCGAGGAUUUGAUGAGCUACCUGAGCGACACGAGCAACGUGUGCUGGUUCAUGCUGCCGGAGCUGAGGGAAGCCAUCCAGCGGCUCCACCGCGUGGUGGGGAACGCCUCUGCCGGCAUGGACAAGCACAUCGUGGUUGGCACUGGCUCCACUCAGCUCUUCCAGGCUGCCUUGUUUGCUCUCUCUCCUUCGGAUUCUCCCAUUCCCAUCAAUGUCGUGGCUGCUUCUCCUUAUUACUCGGAAUAUAAAGAUGAGGUUGAGAUUUUGCGUUCGGGGUUGUAUCGGUGGGGAGGAGAUGCAAGGGAGUAUGAUAAGAAUGAGGAAUAUAUAGAGGUGGUAACUGCCCCUAACAACCCUUGUGGAAGCAUAAGGAGAGCAGUGGCAAACUGUGAAGGAGAAGGGAGAGUGAUUCAUGACUUAGCGUAUUAUUGGCCACAAUAUACUCCCAUUACUCAACAGUAUGACCAUGAUCUUAUGUUGUUCACAUUCUCCAAAUGCACCGGCCAUGCUGGUUCCCGCAUUGGGUGGGCAAUUGUGAAGGACAUUGAAGUUGCAAGGAAGAUGACAAGGUUCAUUCAUAUGAGCUCAAUUGGAGUGUCAAAAGAAUCUCAAACCCGAGUUGCUAAGAUCAUAGGAGUGAUCUGUGACAGUUACCAGGAAAUAGGAUCGUCCCUAGAUCCUGAUGAGCUCUUCUUUGAAUAUUCGAGGCGCAAGUUGAGGGAAAGGUGGGAGAAACUAAGGGCAGUUGUUGACAAAAGUAACCUCUUCUCCUUGGCCAAGUAUUCUAAGGCCUAUUGCACCUUCACUAACCACACAUCUGAAUCUUACCCGGCAUUUGCUUGGAUGAAGUGCAAGGGGAGCAUAGAAGAUUGUGAGAGUUAUCUGAGGAAUUUGAAGGUGCUUGUACGAGGAGGGAAGCGAUUUGGUGUUGAUCAAAAGUAUGCAAGGGUUAGCUUGCUCAGCGGCGAUGAUGUGUUCAAUGAGUUCUUAACCAGAAUCUCAAAUGCUACAAGGAAUAGGGAAUAGAAGUUAAAUUAAUUAAUACAUACUUGUUAGAUGAAAAUUAAUCUUUAUUAUUAGAUGUGUGUUCAAAUAAUUAAUCCACAG